UUUCUAAUACAAGAACCCCUAAAAUACACAAAACUAUCGUUCUUUCCCUCUCCACCUUGCACCCGUCCCUUCCUAUCCCUCCACAUUUCUUCCUCAAAGCUCAAAACUUUACUCACCGAAGUCAUGUCAGCCACUAGCGGAACAAUGGGAAGCUAGGAUGGUAAUAUUUGAACGUGAUGAAGCUCGGCAACUUCUAUUGGACAAGGUCAAAGCACUAAAAGAUGGAAUCUAGGAAUUGCAAGGGUGCUUGAAGAGACAAAAGAUGAGCUGUUGGUUGAGCUCACAUCAUGAUUACUUGCAAUUACAAAACCCAGCAAUGAGAGAUUGCGAAGACCUUUAUAGAUAUACCAAACCAACAAAGCUUCUGCAUAGCUUGAGUGUUGCCAUCUCCGAAUCUUCAAGAAGAGUUCAAAUUCGGAAAGAAAGAAAAGAGCUGCACCGAUCAAAAACAUGAAGAGUCGUUCUUCUUUGCGAGGGCUUCCUAUGCAUGGAUUCUCCACGGUUGACGGCUUUGUGGAGCUAACUGAGUGCAUGGCAGAGAUGAUCAAGUAUGUGGCAAAUGAACCCUCAGUAGGACUUUUCUAUGUUCAGCAGCACACUCAAAAUGCAGUUCCCAAUGUAAUUAAUCUCAAGAAUAAUAUUAUAGAGAAGUCACAUGAAACAAAUUUGCACACUGAAGAUUUAGAGGAUUCUAUCACCGUGGUGAGGUCAAUGAAAGAUUGUGGUUUCCUUAUUGCUGAUGAGAUGGUUAGAGACAUAAGGACAUCUCUAGCUACGAUGUCAGCAAAACAACCAAGAAGAGGAUUAAUCCAUAACCCAACUUCAGGUUUUCAAAUAGGAAGAACUAGCUCAUGGGGACCGUCCACUUGGGAUCAUAAUGAAGUUCAGCAGGAAAGCAGAACAGUUAAUUAUUUUUCUACUGUAUUUAGGACUGCUAAAAAAAGGGCCAGCAAUUUCAAGUGGCCACAGCUUGAUCCGAAAGAUUCAACGCCAAGUCCAGCUGAGAAGCUACUGUCUUAUGAUAAUCCAUCGGAGUUGAUUGCAUCUGCUAGCACUAGUUCAUCUUUUCCUGAUAUGGAAUCUGAUGAAAUCUCCUUGUCAAGACAGACUGCUGAUGAGCUAGAACCAGAAGAUGAACAAGCCGAGAUGAACAAUCCACCGGGCAAUGUAUUGUCCCUACCAGAAAACUAUGAUGACUUCAAGGCUGAUAAAGAAGCAAAACUAGAGGAGUGGUUGGGGUGGACCAAUGACAGCCUAAAUAAAUUGCAUGAGGGCAAGUAAAGAGGAGGCGAGAGUGUGUUCUUAGGCUGUUUCUUUUUCAAUUUUUCUUUCUUGUAGCAAUAGUUUAGAUGCUGAGGAAUCUUUUACUUGUACAAUCUGUUGUUUGUAAUACACUGGUCCCUGGAUGAUGAUUAUAUGUAUUUGAAUCAUCACAAUAAAAUUUUCUGAGGAGAAGCUUUUGUUUGGUUCUACAGAGCUUCGACAUCUCUAUUUUCUCA